AUGAGUCUCCUUGCAACGGAAUGUCUGGCAGCAGCUACUCUGCUGAAGAAACGGCUGGACUUCGACGACGCGCCCGAGGGCGACGGCCCGCAACGCAAGCGCCCGCGUCUGGGUCCCCUGCCAGGGCCGACCCCUUGCCUCCAGCCCUUGGCAAACCCCCCGCCGGCCCCAGAGCAGGACUUGGGGGUCUCCCAGAUCGGGCCGUACCUCCUCCUCGAGGCCACCGAAGGGGAACGCUGCUACAGAGCUGUGCGCAGAGACACGGAGGCGGAGUACACCUGCAAGGUUUACCCAGCCAAGAGCUACCCAGAGGUGACGGUUCCUUACGGAGUCCUCCCAACUCAUCCGAACAUUGCCCGGGUGGAGGAGGUGAUCCUUGGGGACCAGGAUGUUUACAUCUUCUUCCCGCCCAGCAGGGGCGACAUGCAUAACUACGUCCGAGGUCGCAAGCGCCUGGCCGAGCACGAGGCCGCCCCUCUCUUCCGACAGAUGGCGGAGGCGGUCGCCCACUGUCACCAGCACGGCGUCAUCCUGCGGGACCUCAAGUUGAGGAAGUUUGUCUUUGCCGACAGAGGCAGGUCCCGACUCAUGCUGGAGAACUUGGAGGACACCUACCUCUUGCCCGGACCGGACGAUUCCCUGGAGGAUAAGCACGGCUGCCCGGCCUACGUGGGCCCCGAGAUCCUCUGCAACACGGGCUCCUAUUCCGGGAAAGCCGCCGAUGUCUGGAGCUUGGGGGUGGUGCUCUACACCCUGCUGGUGGGCUGCUACCCCUUCCAGGACACGAAACCCGCCUCGCUCUUCGGCAAGAUCCGGCGGGGACGCUUUGUCCUCCCCGAGGGCCUGUCUCCCAAGGCUUGCUGCCUCAUCCGCUGCCUUCUCCGGAAGGACCCGGCCGAGAGGUUGACCGCUAGCGGCAUCCUGCUGCAUCCGUGGCUGGCGGAAGGUGGCGUCUCCGUGAGGUCUUGGAGCAGCCCCUUUGGAAACCGGGGGCUGGAGCAGGUGGUGCCGGAAGGGAGGAGGGUGUGGGACGUCAGCGGUGAGCCGGGAGAGGAGGAAGGCCUGUACAGCUGA